UUAACUUUGUAAACCAAGUUAGUUGGUUCCGUCUCAUCGGUCCUCGAUCUCUUGCCAUAAAAAAAAAAUAAUAAUAACGACCCUUCUGUGCAUCUUGGUUCCAACGAGCGCGCUUCUAAUGAACGUGACUGCAAUGAUGACACAUAUCACGUGGGUGAGUUUAAUAUUAUUGGCGGGAGCUGUAGAAAUUCAAGGAGAUCCGGAGCCAAUGGCGAGACCUAUGAGACCUAAAGUUUUCUCCAGUCCUGAAGAACUUAGAAGAUACCUUGAGCUUGUUAGGGAUUACUACACAUUCAACGGAAAAGCUAGAUAUGGAAAAAGAUCCGACACCUUGUUAACAACACCUGGAAUGACAGAUUCCGCUGACACACUGCGAAUGAUACUAGACGUAAAUCGACAAAAGCAGCUGGAGAGGCAAAUGGAAAAAGACAAUGGAAAACUGAUAAGAACAAAUAAAUCUUCUUUAUCCACGCUUUUCGAAACAGAUAAGCCCCAGAUUCGAGAUCAAGUUCAACGACUAUCCUACCCUUACAAUAUUGUGGCGAAAUAUUAUGGUGAAGUUCAAUAAGGAGCUCUCAUGAUGUAUCUAUAUCAAUUUCUGAAAAUAUUAUUUUUUUCAAGAAAAAAAGAAAGUAUGCAUGCCUAUCAUGUCGCCAAAUUUAUUGAGUAUUGUAUCUUAACUUCUCUGCUAAAAUGUACUGACUUUACUUAAACUAAGUAUUGACCCAUCUCUCUCA